CUUCGUGCAGUCUCAAGUGUGGGUGCUCGAUGAAUUUCUCAUCCAGACAUAUGGGAACUCACAGCUUGUCUGUGUAGAGCUGGCAGCCCUGAAGAAAAACAUUAUCCUGUACAUUGUAUAGUUUGUCCCGGUUAAACAUAGAAGAGAAAACGAGUUUCUCUCCACAUUCAGGACUCCAAGCCAAACUCAAGCUUGAGGUCUCACCAUGUCCAUCGACCCUGCAGCCGACCUGCCUUUCUUCUACGGCAGCAUCAGUCGCGUCAAGGCUGAGGAUUAUCUGAAGCUGGGUGGGAUGUCCGACGGCCUCUUCUUGCUGCGACAGUGUCUCCGCAGUCUGGGGGGCUACGUCCUCUCUAUUGUGUGGAACCUGGAGUUUCACCAUUACUCCAUAGAGAAACAGCUUAACGGGACUUACUGCCUCAUAGGAGGGAAGCCUCACUGUGGGCCUGCAGAGCUGUGUGAGUUUUACAGCAAGGACCGUGAUGGGCUGGUGUGCCUCCUGAAGAAGCCCUGUCUGCGCCCCUCGGACACACAGAUAGAGCUUGGCGUGUUCGACAGCCUGAAAGACAACAUGCUCAGGGAGUACGUGAAGCAGACCUGGAACCUGGAGGGAGAAGCCAUGGAGCAGGCCAUCAUCAGUCAAGCUCCUCAGCUCGAGAAGCUGAUCGCCACCACGGCCCAUGAGAAGUUGCCUUGGUAUCACGGUAAAAUCGCUCGCCAUGAAAGCGAGAGGCGGCUUUACUGUGGAGCACAACCAGACGGCAAGUUUCUAGUGAGAGACAGAGAAGAGUCGGGUACUUUUGCUCUCUCCAUGUUGUACGGGAAAACAGUUUACCACUAUCAGAUUCUCCAGGACAAAUCAGGGAAAUACUUCAUGCCAGAAGGAACAAAGUUUGACACAGUCUGGCAGCUGGUUGAGUACCUGAAGAUGAAACCUGACGGCUUGAUGACUAUCCUCAGGGAGGCGUGCCUGAAUGGAAAAGCUGUUGAAAAAACACCCAGUCUUCCUGCAACAAGGCGAGCAGGUGCAAAUGGAUACACACCGCCACCUCGAGCUGUUGCAGGGGCCUCCACUCCGGUUGACACUGUGCCCGCAGAGCGUGACAUUCUGCCCAUGGACUGCAGUGGGUUCAACCCGUACCAUAACCCGAAUGAAGUGAAGAAAUUUAACAUCCAGAGGUCUCAGCUGCUGAUGGACGAGGUGGAGCUCGGUUCUGGGAACUUUGGCUGUGUCAAGAAGGGAGUCCUCAAGACUCAAGAUUCGGGUCAGAUAGACGUGGCCAUCAAAGUACUGAAGAGUGAAAAUGAGAAGCUGGUGAAGGAGGAGAUGAUGAGGGAGGCAGAGAUAAUGUACCAGCUUGACAAUCCCUUCAUCGUCCGAAUACUCGGCCUCUGCAACGCUGAGAAUCUGAUGCUGGUCAUGGAGAUGGCUUCUGCUGGGCCUCUCAACAAAUUCCUCUCCGCCAAUAAGGAUACUGUAUCUGUGGAGAACAUUGUCAACAUGAUGCACCAGGUGUCGAUGGGGAUGAAGUAUCUGGAGGGGAAGAACUUUGUGCACAGAGAUUUAGCAGCUCGGAACGUCCUGCUGGUCAACCUACAGUUCGCCAAAAUCAGUGAUUUUGGGCUCUCUAAGGCUUUGGGAGCUGAUAACAAUUACUACAAGGCUCGUACUGCAGGUAAAUGGCCACUGAAGUGGUACGCUCCAGAAUGUAUAAACUUCCACAAAUUCUCCAGUAAAAGUGAUGUGUGGAGUUUUGGUGUCACCAUGUGGGAGGCCUUUUCCUACGGAGGGAAACCUUACAAGAAAAUGAAAGGACCAGAGGUGAUCCGCUUCAUUGAUGCUGGGAACCGCAUGGAUUGUCCAGCAGCAUGUCCAGAGCGAAUGUAUGAUUUGAUGAAAGAGUGCUGGACAUACAAGCAUGAGGAGCGUCCAGACUUCAACAAGGUUGAGGAGUCCAUGAGAUUGUACCAUUACUCCGUAUCGGGCAAGGCCAAGCCUGAGGGAGCUGCAGCCGCUGCUGAGCCUGUCAAGUAGACAGAAACAAGGCACAUUCUGUCCCAGUGCUGCACAAAGCAUCCUUUCAACUAGCCAUUAAACAACCAAAACAAAGAGCUUCUUAUGAACAGUGCACACUGACCAGCUUUAACUACGGUUCUGAUACAGCUAUACGGGCCUCAGUGACAAUAAAUGUGCAUUUGUAAAUUGAACAUCAGUGUGUCAGCCAUGUAAGGAAGAUCUGUGUCUGUUUGUUGUUGUUUGAAUGUUGUCAUCGUCUUCACAUAAUGAACUAAUUUUAUUUUCAGGUAUUUUGGAGUAUAAUGGUACAUGUACAAGUUUGGGUGUUUUUUUCAUUGUGAUCUGCCACCAUCUAAGAGCAGUUUUAUUGUUUUAUUAUAACAAAUAAAGAAGAAAGAAACUUAUAGAACAAUA